CACAUGAGGAACACUGGAAGUCUCAAACGGUCAAACAUUCAAACUAUCUCGUCCGCAUCCUUCUCUGAAACUGCAUUCUGCAGCUCCUCCACUCGUCCCGGCCGGCCGCCACCUGCUGCAGUCGUAUUUUCGUCUCUACAUCCCAUCACAUAGAAGACUCUUUUUCUGUCUGGCUUCCUCGCAUCCUCACUAUCGCACACUUGUAUCGCACAGUGCGUUGCCCUAAGCGGAUCCUGAAUGGCUGAAGAAAUGGACAGUCAAGAAGACUCUGUUUUCACACAGUUAACGGAAGCUGUUGCUGCCAACCCGGAUGACCCUUCCCUCCAUUUUAAUCUUGGUUUGUUCUUGUGGGAGGGGAUUGGGUCAGAAUCUAAGGAAAAGGCAGCAGAGCAUUUUGUGAUUGCAGCAAAGCUAAACCCACAAGAUGCAAAUGCUUUUAGGUAUUUGGGUCAUUAUUAUAGCAAAGUUUCAGUUGAUACUCAGAGAGCUCUCAAGUGUUAUCAGAGGGCUCUCACUCUUGAUCCUCAAGAUUCUGAAUCUGGGGAAUCAAUGUGUGAUUUGUUGGACAAAGAAGGAAAAGAGAGCUUGGAGGUUGCUGUCUGCCGUGAAGCUGCAGGGAAGUCGCCAAGGGCAUUUUGGGCAUUUCGUAGGCUUGGUUUUCUACAGGUCCAUCAGAAGAAAUGGUCUGAGGCAGUUCAUAAUCUUCAGCAGGCCAUUAGAGGGUAUCCUACAUCUGCAGAUUUAUGGGAAGCUUUAGGUCUUGCAUAUCAGCGAUUGAGCAUGUUCACAGCAGCUAUUAAGUCAUAUGGUCGAGCUAUUGAGUUGGAGGAGUCACGAGUAUUUGCAAUGGUUGAGAGUGGAUAUGUCUUCUUGAUGCUUGGUUCACAUCGAAAGGGAGUUGAGCAGUUUCAGCAAGCUUUACAGAUAUCACCUGAAAAUGUAGCUGCACACUAUGGACUUGGGUGUGGGCUUCUUGAGUUAUCAAAGGAAUGUAUAAGUUCAGGUGCAUUUAGAUGGGGAGCUUCAAUAUUAGAGGAGGCAUCAAAAGUUGUUAAAACUGGUACUUUCUUGGCAAAAAAUGUUUCAUGCAUGUGGAAGUUGCAUGGUGAUAUUCAGCUUACAUAUGCGAAUUGCAUCCCAUGGAUUGAUGAAGACCAUGUCUUAGAAACAGAGAAAGCUUUGACUGAUUCCAUUCUUUCAUGGAAAAACGCAUGUUCUUCAGCUGCACUGAGUGCCAGGCGUUCAUAUCAACAUGCUCUACAUUUGGCUCCAUGGCAAGCUAACAUCUACACAGAUAUUGCCAUCACUAUAGAUGUCAUAAACUAUUUUAAGGAGGAAAACAAACAUGAUGCUAUCCAAAAGCAAUUACCUGAGAAAAUGAUUUUAGGUGGUUUAUUACUCGAGAGCUCCAAUAAUGAAUUCUGGGUUGCACUAGGAUACUUAUCACAUCAUGUUGAGUUAAAGCAACAUGCUUUUAUCAGAUCAUUGCAGUUAGAUGUAUCAUUAGCUGUUGCAUGGGCAUAUCUUGGGAAGCUUUAUAGAAAACAAGGUGACAAGAAAUUGGCACAAAAUGCAUUUGAUCGUGCAAGGAGUAUUGAUCCUUCACUUGCAUUACCAUGGGCUGGCAUGUCAGCAGAUAUGUCCAUUAGGGCACUUAAGGCAGAUGAAGCUUAUGAUUGCUGUUUAAGAGCUGUUCAAAUACUACCUCUUCCAGAAUUUCAGAUGGGUCUUGCAAAGCUUGCUUUACAUUCUGGUGAACUUUCAUCUUCAGAGGUAUUUGGACCCAUAAGCCAGGCUUUGCAUCAUGCACCCCAGUAUCCAGAAUCUCACAAUCUUCUAGGGCUUGUUUGUGAGGCAAGAUGUGAUUAUCCAUCUGCUAUUACAUCUUAUAAGUUAGCACGUUAUGCAGUCAACACUUCUUCUUGUGACGCCUCAAAACUCCUUGAUAUAUCAAUUAAUUUGGCAAGGUCACUCUGUAAGGAUGGUAAAGCUUAUGAGGCAGUGCAAGAAUGCGAAGAACUAAAGAAGAAAGGUGUUCUGGAUUGGGAAGGUUUGCAUAUAUAUGCUUUAUCUUCAUGGAUACUUGGGAAGAAUGAUCAGGCUUUGUCUGUGGUGAGGAUUUUAGCUGCAGGUGUUAAAUCAUUGGAACCACAAAAGGCAUCCACCUCCAUAAGCUUUAUAUGUAGAUUACUUUACUAUAUUUCUGGUCAAGAGGCAGUGAUGACAAGCAUUUUAAAAAUGCCAAAAGAUUUAUUUAAAAGUUCAAAAGUUAGUUUUGUGGUAUCUGCUAUUCAUGUUCUGGAUCAAAGCAAUCAGCUUGAGGCAGUUGUUUCAAGUAGCCGAUCUUCUCUCAUAAGUCAUGAUGAAAUUACUGGAAUGCAUUUUUUGAUAGUAUUAAGUAAAUUGGUGAAAAAUGGUUCACAGCAUUGCUUGGGAAUUCAGAGUGGAAUCGAUCACCUUAGAAAAAUCCUCCAUAAGUACCCCAACAGUUAUUUUCUAAGGAAUGUUCUUGGUUAUCUCUUAAUAUCUAGCAAAGAACAAAAAGAUGCACACUUGUCCACUAGAUGCUUUACUGUAAGAAGCAGCCAAUCAGAGUGUCUAAAAGAAGAAGGUCUAAAACGUGCACCUGAAAUCCUUGGUGCAAGUACAGUUGCUUGCUACACCAACAAUAAACACACCUUUCCCACCUGUAAAGACCAAUCUACCCCUCAACACGGAUCAUUCAAACUAUUACAAAAGUGGUGGCAUCAAGAACCAUGGAAUAAAAAUGCAAGAUACCUUUUAAUCCUCAACUACAUUCAAAAAGCACGUGAAGAGAGAUACCCUCAACAUAUAAACACAGGACUCGAAAAGUUAAUUAAUUUAGCUCUUUCAGACGAAUCCCUAUCCUGCCCCUAUCAAAAGUUCCAGCUGUCACUCUGUGCAUCUGAAAUAAGUUUACAAAGUGGGGACCACGCUAACUGCAUAAAACAUGCUAAAAAAGCUUCAAAUCUUUCUAUCCCAGAUGACUAUCUCUUCUUGGCACACUUGCAAUUAUGUCGGGCAUAUGCUGCAGAAAACAACCAUGUCAGCUUACAUGAAGAGUACACAAAAUGUAUAAAUUUGAGAACCGAUUAUCAUAUCGGUUUAAUUUGCCUCAAAUAUAUUGAAUGUCAAUAUGGUCUACAAGGAGAUGAGAAUAUAAAUAUAAUCGAAUUGAGAUUUGAAGAAUGUUCUAAAGAUAUAAAAUAUUCAUGGAAUGUAUGGACAGCUGUAUGGAAAAUGGUCCAGGGGUUGAUUGCGGUUUCAAAUCGUGAUUUUGUUGGUGCAGAAGAGUUUUUUGCAUAUGCGUGUUCGUUAAACGGUUCUGAGAGCUGUUUGUUUUUGUGUCAUGGUGCCAUUUGUAUGGAACUUGCGAGACAACAAUGCAACUCGGAUUUCUUGCUGCUUGCUGUUGGGAGUUUGAAGAAAGCUAGAAACAAUUGUCACACAAGUUUACCUAUUUUGCAACUUUUAUUAGGGCAAGCAGAAGCAAGUCUUGGAUAUAAAGGGCAAUGGAGUCAAUACCUGAAGUUUGAAUGGUCAUCUUGGCCUCCAGAGAUGAGGCCGGGGGAGAUUUUUCUUCAUAUGCAUUUGGUUUCAAAACAGUUGCAAGAAGGUGGCUACUCUGCAUCAAGAACAAUACAUGGUAAAAAUCCAUUGAGAUGGAUUCUACAAGCGAUACAUUUGAAUCCAUCUUGUUCAAGAUAUUGGAAAGCUUUACAGAAUCCGUAUUUGUUAUGCAAACCUGUUCACUCGUUCAAAACUGGCCGGAUUAACCACCGCGGUUGCAGAUUUUCGAUGGAAACUGGAGGCAAUUCCUUAGCAUCUGGGCCAGAUGGAGUGAAGAGAAAGGUGUACUACUUCUAUGACCCAGAGGUUGGAAAUUACUAUUAUGGACAAGGUCACCCAAUGAAGCCACAUAGAAUUCGCAUGACACAUGCUCUAUUAGCCCACUAUGGUUUACUUCAAAACAUGCAUGUUGUAAAGCCUGUUCCAGCUAGAGACAAAGAUCUUUGCAGGUUUCAUGCUGAUGACUAUGUUUCUUUUCUAAGAGGCAUCACCCCAGAAACACAGCAAGAUCAAUUAAGACAACUAAAAAGGUUCAAUGUUGGUGAAGAUUGCCCUGUGUUUGAUGGUCUAUACUCCUUCUGUCAAACUUAUGCAGGAGGUUCUGUUGGAGGAGCAGUGAAGUUAAACCAUGAGUAUUGUGAUAUAGCUAUAAACUGGGCAGGUGGACUUCAUCAUGCUAAAAAAUGUGAAGCUUCUGGUUUUUGCUAUGUCAAUGACAUCGUCUUAUCAAUUCUUGAACUUCUGAAAGUGCACCAACGUGUGCUGUAUGUAGAUAUUGACAUUCAUCAUGGUGAUGGUGUAGAGGAAGCUUUUUACACUACUGAUAGAGUCAUGACUGUUUCUUUCCACAAAUUUGGUGAUUAUUUCCCGGGGACAGGGGAUAUAAGAGAUAUUGGGUAUUCAAAGGGAAAGUAUUACUCACUGAAUGUCCCUCUAGAUGAUGGAAUUGAUGAUGAAAGCUAUCAGUCACUGUUUAAGCCAAUAAUUGGUAAAGUAAUGGAAGUGUUCAGACCUGGUGCUGUUGUGUUACAAUGUGGUGCAGAUUCUUUAUCAGGAGAUAGAUUGGGUUGUUUUAAUUUAUCAAUUAAAGGGCAUGCUGAGUGUGUGAAGUAUAUGAGAUCUUUUAAUGUGCCUUUAUUAUUACUUGGUGGUGGAGGGUAUACAAUACGUAAUGUUGCUAGAUGCUGGUGCUAUGAGACAGGAGUUGCACUUGGGGUUGAGUUAGAAGAUAAGAUGCCUCAACAUGAGUAUUAUGAGUACUUUGGUCCUGAUUAUACUCUUCAUGUUGCUCCAAGUAAUAUGGAAAAUAAGAACUCUCGCCAGCUGUUAGAUGAAAUUCGGUCAAAGCUUCUAGAUAAUCUCUCUAAAUUACAGCAUGCACCAAGUGUCCAGUUUCAAGAGCGCCCACCUGAUACAGAAUUCCCAGAGGCAGAUGAAGAUCAAGAGGAUGACGAUCGAAGAUCAGAUGAUUCUGAUGUUGAUGAAAAUAAUGAGGGCAAGCCUUUCAUUGGACUUGUGAAAAGGGAACUCCAUGAUAUUGAGUCCAAGGACAUGGAUGAUGUGAAAGAAGGUGAACGUGCUAAUAGAGAGAUGGAUGCCUCAUUUGCUGAAAUAUCCAUAAAGGGUUCAAAUUCAGUGUCAGCACCUGCAGAUGUGAAACAAGAACAAGGAAACUCAAACAAGCCGGAUCAGCCUUCUACUGCUGAGAUGAAUUUAUAGUGUAUGAUGAUAUGUCGAUGUCAUGUUUUUACUUUUAACUUUUAUGAAUCUAUUUUAAAUUUGUGUUGAGGAUUGGUGUAUUAUGUUGUACAAAACUGACUGGAACAUGUGCACAAGGUUGGUAAGUUAAAAAGAUGAGUAGAUGAAAUUAAAUGACAAAUGUUUUA